GAGUGUGUGGUGGGAAACAGUGCAAUUUCCUUUUGACUCUCACAACGAUAGUGCAAACCCCAGAAUGGAUGUCCUCUUUAUAGCCCUGCUUGCUGUGCCACUCAUCCUGGGGCAGGAAUACGACCAGGCUGAUGAAGAGCUGGACGAGAGUGAUUAUUACCAAGUGGCAUAUUAUUAUUACACAGUGACCCACAACUAUGAUGACUUUAAUGUAAACUUCACUGUUGACUAUUCUGUGUUUGAAUCAGAGGAUAGAUUGAGCAAGCUGAGUGAGGAGGUGACAACAGGAGCAGCAGAGACCACCCUCAGUCUCCACCCAAAACCCGUGGACCAUCAGAACCCUGAAACCACACAGCCAGUGACAACAACGGAACCAAUGACGGCAACGGAACCCAUGACGACAACAGAACGAGGGACAACGGAACGAGGGACAACGGAACGAGGGACAACGGAACGAGGGACGACGGAGCCGCAGAGUCCGGAACAGAAUGACGCCGUGUCCAGCCUGCAGAGUUCUCUGUCCUGUCUUCUGCUAGGGACCCUCCUUCAAGGUGGAAUGCAUUUUAUAUAGAAGGUGAGAGAAGGCUGCUGUGAUUCCUCGGACUAGAGUCUGGCAAGAAUUUGGAUGAAAAAUAAAGCAUUACUUUUGUCUACUU